ACAGCCUCAUCAACCCCUUAGGGGGCUUUUCCUUCCGGACGCUGGGCUCCCCAGUCUCCGAGCAUGCCCAGUGCUCUCCUUGCCGGUCCGACCAGUGCUGCCACCGAGCCGUGGCUCCAGGUUUUGUGUGCGAUCCUAGGCGGGGCCAGGGCAGUGCAGCCCCCGGGACUCCCGGCUCUGUCGGAAUUCCCCGGACUCAGCGCUCUGGCGGCGCCCGCCGCGGUGCACUACCUUGGGACCGAGAUCCGGAUUUAAGCUGGGAAACCAGGCACGAACCCUCGCUCCAAGGUGGCAUGGUGAAAAAAGUCUCGAGGCAUCUGGCACCAAGUCCGACUAUAGGGCCCGAGCCAUCGCUCCAUCCUUUUGUUAACCUCUUCAUUCAACAAAACGUUUUUAGUGCGUGCCAAGAGUUAUUUGGAGGCUAGGUCUCUUGAGAGGCGGAGCCACCGAACUGACAUUGAAGGGAGGCACUCCUUAAGGGGCAUCAAGAGAGACAGCCAGUUACUCAGCGGUCGUUAUGACCUCCCGGUUACGUGCGUUGGGUGGAAGAAUUAAUAAUAUACGAACCUCCGAAUUACCCAAAGAGAAAACUCGAUCCGAGGUCAUCUGUAGUAUACGGUUUUUGGAUGGCGUGGUACAGACCUUUAAAGUUAACAAACAAGAUCUGGGCCAGUCACUUCUGGAUUUGGCCUACGGCCAUCUGGGCGUAACGGAGAAGGAGUACUUUGGCUUGCAACAUGGCGACGACCCAGUGGACUCCCCCAGAUGGCUCGAGGCAAGCAAACCCCUCAGGAAGCAGCUGAAAGGAGGUUUCCCCUGUACCCUGCAUUUUCGAGUCAGAUAUUUUAUACCCGAUCCCAACACACUGCAACAGGAGCAAACCAGGCAUCUGUAUUUCUUACAACUGAAGAUGGAUGUUUGCGAAGGAAGGUUGACGUGCCCUCUCAACUCAGCCGUGGUUCUAGCCUCCUAUGCUGUACAAUCUCGUUUUGGAGACUUUAAUCCUUCCAUACACCAUCCAGGCUAUCUUGCCGACAGCCAGUUCAUACCAGAUCAAAAUGAUGACUUUUUAAGCAAGGUGGAGUCGCUCCAUGAGCAGCACAGUGGACUAAAGCAGUCCGAAGCAGAAUCAUGCUACAUCAACAUAGCUCGGACCCUUGACUUCUACGGCGUGGAGCUUCACGGAGGCAGAGAUCUGCACAAUUUAGAUCUAAUGAUCGGAAUUGCUUCUGCGGGCAUUGCAGUGUACCGAAAAUACAUUUGUACGAGUUUCUACCCUUGGGUGAACAUACUCAAAAUUUCUUUCAAAAGAAAAAAGUUCUUCAUACACCAGCGGCAAAAACAGGCUGAAUCCAGGGAACAUAUCGUGGCCUUCAACAUGCUAAAUUACCGAUCUUGCAAAAACUUGUGGAAAUCCUGUGUGGAGCACCAUUCGUUCUUUCAGGCAAAGAAGUUACUACCUCAGGAAAAGAGUGUUCUGUCUCAGUACUGGACUCUAGGCUCCAGGAACCCCAAAAAGUCUCUAAAUAACCAAUACUGCAAAAAGGUGAUCGGAGGGAUGGUGUGGAAUCCAACCAUGAGGAGGUCCUUAUCAGUGGAACGGCUAGAAACCAAGAGCCUGCCUUCUCGGUCCCCACCCAUCACCCCCAACUGGCGAAGUCCUCGGCUCCGGCACGAAAUCCGAAAGCCUCGCCAUUCUUCCGCGGACAACCUCGCCAAUGAGAUGACCUACAUCACGGAAACCGAAGAUGUUUUCUAUACCUACAAGGGAUCCCUGUCCCCCAAAGACAGUGAUUCCGAAGUAUCCCAGAACCACAGCCCACACCGAGAGAGUUUGUCUGAAAACAAGCCAACACAAAGCCGCCUGACCCGGCAAUCAUCCAGUUCGGUGUCUCCGUCUUCAAAUGCCCCAGGCUCCUGUUCGCCAGACGGAGUUGACCCGCAGUUCUUAGAAGACUAUCACAAGAAGAUCAAAGGGGGCUCCAUCGAGGAUGCCAGCCAGUACUACUGCGACAAGAAUGAUGAAGGUGAUGGGUACCUGGUCCUGAUCCGCAUCACACCAGACGAAGAGGGAAGAUUUGGAUUUAAUCUCAAGGGAGGAGUGGAUCAAAAGAUGCCUCUUGUGGUCUCAAGGAUCAACCCAGAGUCCCCGGCGGACACUUGCAUGCCAAAGCUGAAUGAAGGGGAUCAGAUCGUGCUGAUCAAUGGCCGGGACAUCUCAGAGCACACUCACGACCAGGUGGUGAUGUUCAUCAAAGCAAGCCGGGAGUCCCACUCAAGAGAACUGGCCCUGGUGAUCAGGAGAAAAGCUGUGCGCUCCCUGGCCGAAAUCAGAUCCGAAGAUGAGCUGAGUCAGCUUUUCCCAGAAACCAUGUUUCCUGUAUAUCCUGAGGGCGGGGACAGUCUGGAGGGAUCCAUGGAACUGCUGAAGAAAGGUCUGGAAAGUGGUACGGUGCUGAUCCAGUUUGAGCAACUCUACAGGAAGAAGCCAGGCUUAGCUGUCACGUGUGCGAAGCUGCCUCAGAAUCUGGAUAAAAACCGAUACAAGGAUGUGUUGCCGUAUGACACCACCCGGGUAUUAUUGCAGGGAAACGAAGAUUAUAUUAACGCGAGUUAUGUGAAUAUGGAGAUGCCCGCCGCUAACCUUGUAAACAAGUACAUUGCCACUCAGGGCCCCCUGCCACACACCUGUGCCCAGUUUUGGCAAGUUGUCUGGGAUCAGAAAUUGUCUCUCGUGGUCAUGCUGACAACGCUCACAGAACGAGGGCGGACCAAAUGUCACCAGUACUGGCCAGAUCCCCCUGACGUCAUGGACCACGGCAUCUUUCACGUCCAGUGUCAAGCAGAGGACUGUACCAUUGCUUAUGUGUCCCGAGAAAUGCUAGUUACAAACACUGAGACUGGGGAAGAACACACAGUGACCCAUCUCCAGUAUGUUGCGUGGCCUGACCACGGCGUGCCUGAUGACUCCUCAGACUUCUUGGAGUUUGUGAAGUACGUGAGGUCCCUGAGGGUAGGCGGGGAGCCUGCCCUCGUUCACUGCAGUGCUGGAAUAGGUCGGACAGGUGUGCUGGUCACUAUGGAAACAGCCAUGUGCUUAAUUGAGAGGAAUCUGCCUAUUUACCCGCUGGAUAUUGUCCGGAAAAUGAGAGACCAGCGCGCCAUGAUGGUGCAGACAUCAAGCCAAUACAAGUUUGUGUGUGAAGCGAUUCUUCGAGUGUAUGAAGAAGGCUUAGUCCAGAGGCUGGAUCCCAGUUAAGACAGCUGUGAAGCGGUCAUUCCUUCAUCCCUGGGGCAACUUCCUGAAGAAGGGGAUGCCCAUUUCCCUGGAGGCCCCCGGAGAUGCUGGUCCCUGUGGGAAGGGAUGAGCUUAUUGGAACCCAGGCACUUUAAAUUCAAAUUUCUGUGGAAAAGAUACCCUGUACAUAGGACCUGCUGAUGCAGAUAUGCAUGCCGCUAUGACAUCUUUGGGCCCAGAGAGAUAAGCCGCAGGGGAUUUCCAACUGGGAACUGUGUUUCUCCCUCCAACAUCACCGCUCCCCGUCAGCCAUCCUCAAGCAGUGAGAGGGGACGCCAUCAGUACUGUUGACUCUCCUCCCGCCAGAAACCAAUGUGGCUACUUGUGGUUGCUCAGGUGUUUUGUGUGUUGAUCUGUGUGGGACUGACUCCAAGGGCCGAACUUCCUUGGCAGUUGGUGGCCAUUACCCCUGACACCAGGGAAAACUCAGAUGAAUGUACCAUAGGCAGGGCACAAGGGACUCCAGGCUGGAGGAUGAGCAGGGUCUAUUCUGCCUUCCAUCCCUCUGCCUCAUCUCCACUCCUUCUGAGCUCAUGUUCCAAAGCACCCCAUUCCCCUGACCCCUGAAUUCCUUUCUUCAGGAUCACCCCCAGUGCCUGAACCGGUUUCGUAAUGUAUGUUCAGGUGGCUUCUCGGCUGAGACUGGGAAAUGGUCUCUGCCUAACGCCGAGUCUUACUUAGCUUUAGAAGCAGGUGAGCCUCUGCUCACCCCUUACUGUUACUCAGACACCGUGACUGGAAUCGCCGACUACUGAAUCUCUAUAUGGAUUGCUGCUACUUCAAGCUCUCACACUUGAAACAAGACGAUUUUCCUGGGGACGGGAGGGAUGGGAGCAUCCAGAUAUCCAAAUAGCAUCCAGAAUUUUGAACCCUUCUGAGAAAAGAACUUGUAGUAAGUGACCAUAAGAAACACUGCUUCUUGAGGGUGGCGUGUGUGUGCGUGUGUGUGUGUGUGAUGGGUGACCUUUCUCAGGAUUCCUGACUUGAUUCAAAUUACUGUUGAGUUUAUGUAAAGAAUGAAUCUCUGUACAGAACAAAUGUGUGCAUUCAUCCUUAGUUACAAUGGUCUCCAUUUCAUUUCAAAGGAGAGAAUCAGACUAUCUGAAUAUAAACACAAUUUGAUGUUAAUUUAUUCUAAGUACUCUGGGAUGUUGAUUGUCCUCAAGAAUUCUGCUUCUGUGAAUACCAUGGUUAAAAUUUUUUUAAAAAAAUUUUUGGCAGGAUUGUAGCGAAUUAUUAUUUAAGGAAAAAUAAAUUACAUGUAUGCUUUAAGGUGGUAUUUUUAAAUAGCAGUUUUUGUGUAUUCAGAAGAAUGUCAGCAGGUUUCUUAGUGGUACUUAUGGGAAAGGGAUACUUGGGUGUUAUCGUGGAAGUCUGUGAAGCUACAUUGAUACUUAGCAGGCCCUGAGCCAAUUAAAGCAAGGUGGGUAGGGACCGUGCAGAGGAGCCCAGGUUUCUGAACGUUCUUUAUGUUCUGAACAUUCUUUAGCUGUAGGUUCAGCACCUCCUUCUACUUCCCUCCUGCCUGUCUCUUACCCACGCACAUCUUACUGCUCUAUGGUGUGAGCGGGAGAGUGCAAUCCCCGGUGCCCUAUGUAACGAGAAACUGGAAUGGGUCUCUAGCCCACUCAGUGCCAAGUUAGCCCUCUGCCUAGGAACCUGGGAACUGUGUCUGUGCUUCCUUCUGCGUAAGAUAAUGAGAUCCAAUACUUGGAACUUGAAGACAGAAUGAGAUCAUACUAUGGAAAUUAAUUUCCGGCCACUGGAAUAUUUAAACGAGUGCUACUGAAGACUUAGGGAAGUUGACUUCUCUGUGGUUGACCCCAAAAUGCAUCAGAAAUAUGGAACCCACUGAGUUUUCAUAGGGCGGUGUUCCAGAGGGAAAACAUUCAGAAGACAGAGGACUGAUACCUUUCUUCAGCCUAGAUUCUGAAAACACCCUCAGCAAAGCACCAAAAAGAAGGAGGCGCAGAGAAUGCUGGCUGCAUUGCAGGGGAGUCAGGCUGCUCAGCAAACCACUGUUUGAUUGAAAUGUUUAUCAACACCCUGUGUGCAAAGCCCUUGCAAAGACUCAAUGUCCUUGGAGAUUGUUCUAUGAUUUUCUAGAAACAGGCUGUUGAAUGUGGUCAGGAAGACGCUGCUGCUCCACUUACAUAAUUGUCCGGGAAGCUCGAGGAGGCUGCAGCUGGCCUCUCUGCCAUUGUGUGGGGCCAGCAGUUCAGACACAGCAGACAGCGCCAGAAACAAAGUCCCUGGCAUCCUGGGAAGGGCAAGACGAGAAGAUAAUAAUCUCAAGGAGCAGAACCCCCAAGUAAACGGGGUCAGCAUUACCAGUCACAAACCAAAGCUCUGAGCUCCCGUUCCCCUGCAUCCUACACUUCCACAGCUGCUCUUAAGAAAACAAGUUUCAUCCCGAGAAUUGCAUCAGAAUCAGGCUAAAUAUUUUGCCUGGGAGAUUUGGCUGGAUGUGAAUGGAGAAGAUAUUUAUAGCCCAUAUUCUAGCACCUUCCAGAAGAUCAUAUCAGAUGCCCCAAUGUGCUGGCUUCAUCCGGAUGGGUCCCCUGCUGGCAUCGCUCUCUAGAACCCAUACAUGGUGAGAAAAAUUCAGAGAAGCUUGUUUAGGGGUAGGGAGACAGGGUGGCUGGAUCUCAAACUUGUAGCAGUAUUUUUAGCUUCCUCCCACGGUCAUUGUUACCUAAAUGUUUUGAGACUAGUGUAGCUUCUCUUACAGCUGGGUUCCUGGUUGAUCUCCCCCACCACCCAUCCCCAGCCUUACAAUUUUUCAUUUGGGGGGCAGUGAGUACCCUCUUCAUCCUCCCAAGGUAACUAAGAGGCAGUAUCCGCAGGAGAGAUUGUAAGAGACAGGACCUAGUCCAGACCUGAUCUGACAGAUAUUUCUCCCUCUGGUCUCAGGUAAUUGUGUGUUCGUGUGUUUGCUUCGGUUGAAAGGGACUGAUGACCAGAUGGACAAAAUGAACUCACAAUUAGAUUGCAGGGAAACGGUUUAACCUUAACCAAUUCCGAAGAACUGACCUAGAGAAACAUACCCUGUUUUUUUGACUUGUGCCUAAAAGGUUGUCUCAGCCCUUGUCAUUGUGGAGUUGUGAUGAUAAAACUCACCACCCUCCUGGUUCUUGCCUGUCAUCCUAGAGCAGGCCUAGUAAAGAUGGCAAAGCCCUGGCGACCUCAGCCUGGGGAAAAGCACACCUCGGAGAUGGACACGAGCCCUGCCCCUGUCUUGAUAGCUCUCGUACCACUGGAGCAACCAAAGGACUGUGCUAAGCCGUGUUUUGUAAAGUAUCUUAGUCGAUCAGCAAUAUGUUUUUCUGUAAACUUGGAAUGUUUUUCAUUCUGACUUAUUGUCGGGGACUCUACUGAAAAACAGUUUGAUCAAUAUAAAAGCACUCAGACUAUGCAACA